AUGGCAUCCAAACGUUCCCUCCAAGACCCAGAAGAGCGGAAUCUCAAGCGCAUUAAAGCUUCUACAGCGCUGACCUCACUUGUUUCUCCAUGGUCAUUUGGCUGGCAGAAUUCGCUUGACAACCCGGGAUCUCUCAAAAGGUCUCUCAGGAACAAGCAUCGCAGUGGUCCCUCUGCUCCAACCUUACUCGCCCGAGAUCCAAUCACUUUCCUCAGCUUGUCAAAAGAAAUUCAGGACACUAUCUAUGGAUAUGUUCUCAUCUCACCUUCACCCCUGAUCGCCUGGGCUGGGAUGCAUGUAGAUGAAAUGGAGCAGUGGCAGCAUGAUGAAUUUGGUUACACCAAGGGUCCAGCCAGCCUAUCUAUUCCCCGUUACAUUGAGGACUCAAUAAUUGUCGAAAAAACUGCGUCUAGUUUACUCCGCUGCAAUUCUUCCAUCUCCCGGCAAGCCGCCAAGAUUUUCUACCGCAAGAACACCUUCCGCUUUUUCGGAGAAUAUACCUGGGGAACGGUGGUUGAGUGGCUCAAUGGUAUCGGCCCUGUAAAUCGGGAGCAUCUCACCAAGGUGGAGUUUGGCGUGAGAACACCCCAGCAUGUAUGGCAGCUUCCCAGUGGUGUUCGAACGCAGCUUGAUGAGGACUUUGCUGAACCCGCCCGCGACGAGAAUGAGAGGGAGCAGGUCUAUCCCCGCAGCCAUUUUUUGCAUCGCCCUCCGGGUGAUGACACGGAUGGCGUCGUUGAGAACAUCAACCCCGCUAUCGAAGACAUGAUGAGGCUCCUUGGGCGCUGUGACAGCGGGCCAAAGCUGACGAUCAGUAUGCUUUUGAGAUAUCGGGUAGUCCCGGGGGUAUCCAUUACGAACGAUCACUAUCCUUUUCGGCACUGGUUCGGCAUGGACCUGCCGAAUGUGCUAGAGUGCUGCCGUCACCUCCACACCGCUGGUGGGGAGAAGAAGGUUGCUGUUCUGUGGAAGAUUCAGGAGAACGUCAGGGCGUUUGGUGAGAAAAGACAUGCUGUGGAAGGGAGGGGGUGGGAGGUUGUUGGUGAGGUGGAGGAUGAGCUGGCUGCGACGAUUCCCGUACCUGAGCGGUUGAACUUUUGGGAUUUCAUGGGUAUCGAUACUUGGGUCACAUUGAGACGCAAGAGGAUAUAUGGUACUGUUUUGGCGGAUGACCCUUCUCCGCAUUCUUGGGCCGGCUGUUGA